AUGUUGUACUUGUACAAAAAUAAAGCCACACAUUUCUCCCAUCGCUGCUGCAACCUCCUCAUCCCUCUCUUGCUUGGAUUCUUUUACUUUUUCACAGAGGAGGAGAGACUUUUUCGAGCUAACGACAGACCUUUCAACCUCUCCUACCACUAUGCUGACAACGCCAUCAAGACCUCCAAAUACAACCUUUUCACCUUCCUGCCUCUUAACCUCUUUGAGCAGUUCCGGAGGCUCGCCAAUGCCUACUUCCUCUUCCUCAUGGCCCUUCAGGUAAUCCCACAAAUCUCCUCUCUCUCCUGGUUCACCACGGCCGUCCCUCUGAUUUUGGUGCUGUCUAUAACAGCAGUCAAAGACGCCAGCGACGACAUAAACAGGCACAAAAGCGACAAGCAGGUGAAUAACCGCAUGGUGAAGGUCCUCAUCGAUGGAGAACUGAGAAAUGAGAAAUGGUUGAAUGUUCAGGUUGGAGACAUAAUCAAACUGGAGAAUAAUCAGUUUGUCACAGCGGACCUUCUGUUGCUAACCAGCAGUGAGCCUCUCAACCUGGUCUACGUAGAAACGGCUGAAUUAGAUGGUGAAACCAAUCUGAAGGUGAAACAGGCCCUGACUGUAACUGGAGAUAUGGGAGACAGCAUCGAUGCACUGGCUGGCUUCAAAGGUGAAGUGCGAUGUGAGCCUCCCAACAACCGUCUCGACAAGUUCAAAGGAACCCUGACCCUGGACGGACAAACCUACUCUUUGGACAACGAUAAGGUGCUGCUCAGAGGAUGUACUCUGAGGAACACGGAGUGGUGCUUUGGUGUGGUUAUCUUCGGAGGUCCUGACACCAAGCUGAUGCAGAACAGUGGGAAGACAACAUUCAAACGGACGAGCAUCGAUCACCUGAUGAAUGUCCUGGUGUUGUGUAUCUUUGGUUUACUGGCGUCUAUGUGCGCCGUUCUGGCCAUCGGCAAUGGAAUCUGGGAGGUGAGGGAGGGCUCAGUGUUCACAGUCUUCCUCCCUCUUGAACAAGGGGUUAACGCCGCCCUCUCAUCCUUCCUCUCCUUCUGGUCCUACGUCAUCGUCCUCAACACGUUGGUGCCCAUUUCUCUCUACGUCAGCGUGGAGAUCAUCCGUCUGGGGAACAGCUUCUUCAUCGACUGGGACAGGAAGAUGUAUUACCCCAAGAAUGACACUCCCGCCCAGGCGAGGACCACCACGCUCAAUGAGGAGCUGGGCCAGAUCAAGUACAUCUUCAGCGACAAGACCGGCACCCUGACACAGAACAUCAUGACGUUCAACAGGUGCUCCAUCAACGGGAAAGCUUACGGGGAGCUGUUUGACUUUUCUGGUCAAAGGGUGGAAAUAACAGAGAAGACAGCGAGAGUGGACUUCUCCUGGAACCAGCUGGCUGAUCCAAAGUUCACCUUUCACGACCACAGUCUGUUGGAGACGGUGAGGGAGGGAAACCCGGAGGCUCAGGCCUUCUUCCGCUUGCUGGCUCUGUGCCACACCGUCAUGCCUGAGGAAAAGAAAGAGGGGGAGCUCUACUAUCAGGCUCAGUCUCCUGAUGAGGGCGCUCUGGUGACCGCAGCCAGAAACUUUGGGUUUGUGUUCCGCUCACGUACACCAGAGACCAUCACAGCCAUGGAGAUGGGCAGAACAGUCACCUAUGAACUUCUGGCUGUUCUCGACUUCAAUAAUGUGCGCAAGAGAAUGUCAGUCAUAGUGCGUAACCCCGAAGGCAAGUUGACUCUAUACUGCAAAGGAGCAGACACCAUCAUCUUUGAGAGACUGCACCCAUCCUGUAACAAACUGAAGGAAGCCACCAUCGGACACCUCAACGAGUAUGCAGGCGACGGCCUCCGUACACUGGCCCUGGCCUACAAGCCCUUGGAUGAGAGCUACAUGGAUAAGUGGAGACAGCGCCACCACGAGGCCAGCACCGCCAUGGAGGGCCGAGAGGAGAGACUUGAUGAACUUUAUGAAGAGAUAGAGAAAGACUUGCUGCUGUUGGGAGCGACAGCUGUGGAAGACAAGCUGCAGGACGGCGUGCCACAGACCAUCGAGCAACUGGCUAAAGCUGACAUCAAAAUCUGGGUGUUGACUGGGGAUAAACAGGAGACUGCGGAGAACAUCGGCUAUUCCUGCAACAUGCUGAGGGAGGAGAUGAAGGAGAUUUUUGUUGUGGCGGCCAAUACGACUGAAGGGGUCAAAGAGGAGCUACAGAAUGCUAGAAGGAAAAUGUGUCCAGAAGCCGCAGAGGAGCCAUCUGUGAAAAAGGCUCGCGCAGGCCUGUUUUGGCUUCAGAAGACCGAGACAGUGCAGGAUGAGAAGGUGGAUGGAGAUUAUGGCCUAGUUAUAAAUGGACACAGUCUGGCCUUUGCACUGGAGAAGAACCUGCAGCUGGAGCUGCUAAGGACAGCAUGCAUGUGUCAGACAGUGAUUUGCUGCAGGGUCACCCCGCUGCAGAAGGCCCAGGUGGUUCAGCUGGUCAAGAAGUACAAGCAGGCUGUCACUCUGGCCAUUGGGGAUGGGGCCAACGAUGUCAGCAUGAUCAAGGCUGCUCAUAUCGGUGUAGGUAUCAGCGGUCAGGAGGGCAUGCAGGCAGUUCUCUCCAGCGACUACUCCUUCGCCCAGUUCCGUUACCUUCAGCGCCUCCUGCUGGUGCACGGCCGCUGGUCCUACCUACGCAUGUGCAAGUUCCUCCAAUAUUUCUUUUACAAGAACUUCACCUUCACCUUUGUGCAUUUCUGGUACGCCUUCUUCUGCGGCUUCUCUGCACAGACUGUGUACGACGAAUGGUUUAUCACCUUGUACAACAUGGUUUACACAGCUCUUCCUGUCCUCGGCAUGAGCAUCUUUGACCAGGAUGUGAAUGACCGCUGGAGUUUCCAGUAUCCUCAGCUCUACACUCCGGGCCAGCUGAACCAGUACUUCAGUAAGAAAGCCUUUGUGCUCUGUAUGAUGCACAGCUGCUACAGCUCCCUCAUCCUCUUCUUCAUCCCGUGGGCCGCCAUGCACGACACAGUCCGAGAUGACGGCAAAGACUUAGCCGACUAUCAGUCCUUUGCUUUACUGGCACAGACCUGUCUGCUGAUUGUGAUGAACAUACAGCUAUGUCUGGACACCUAUUACUGGACAGCCGUGAACCAGUUUUUUGUAUGGGGCAGCCUGGCCGCUUACUUUGCCAUCACAUUAACCAUGUACAGCAACGGCAUGUUUCUCAUCUUCACCUCCUCUUUUCCCUUCAUCGGCACCGCAAGAAACUCUCUGAACCAGCCUAAUGUGUGGCUCACCAUAUUCCUGACUUCCCUCCUCUGUAUCCUGCCUGUGGUGGCUUCCCGCUUCCUUUUCAUUCAGCUUCGGCCCACCAUCAACGACAAGGUGAGACAGAAGGUGCGGAAGGAGGCACUGCCAGCUCCUGCACCUCGUCGUCCACCCGCCAGGCGUAUCAGCACCCGCCGGUCCGGCUACGCCUUCUCCCACGCCCAGGGCUACGGUGAUCUGGUGACAUCCCGGAGGUUCCUGCUGAAACUGAGGAGUCGACCGCCGCUGUUUACACAAACGGACUCUCCUCUGGCUCAGAAUGAGCCACAGCUCUACCGCACCAUCGCAGAGGAUCCAGAAGAGUCCCAGAGCCCUUAG